AUGGCACAUGAUUCUUUCAAGCCGCAGUCUGUUCAUGGGGCGGAUGCUCUUCUCUUCGCCAAGGUUUUCCAUAACUGGUCGGAUAAGUAUGCCGUUGAUGUGCUUAGGACGCUCGUUCCUGCCUUGAAGGCCGGCGCGAGGGUGCUCAUUCUAGAGCGCGCUCUUACGGAGAGGGGGACCGUGUCGGAGGUGGAGUAUAACGAGGUGCUGGCGAUGGAUCUGAUGAUGAUGUCGCUGCUUAAUGCGGGAGAGAGGACCCGGGAGGAGAUGUCUAGGCUGUUCGAACGGGCGGAUGAAGGAUUGAAAUGCCGAAAAGCCUGGAGGGUUGGGGGGACAAUGUACAACCUCUACGAGGCUAUUUGGACGCCGUGA